AUGAUUUUUCAAUCAAGCAAUACAGCUAAGAGUUUGACUUGGCAUGCUGAUAGAAAAGCAAUUGAAGGUCAGAUGUCUCAUCCAGCGAAUUCUCCCUCUUGGAAACUCGUUGAUGAUAAAUGGUCCGAGUUUGGUAAUGAGCCGAGAAACUUGAGAUUGGCUCUCUCAUCUUAUGGAUUCAAUCCCCACAGUUCUCUAAGUACCAAUACAAUUGCUGGCCAGUUAUCUUAG